AUGCCCAAUUAUCGACCCAACCAUCAUACCAACGAUGAACCUAAGGUAGGCGAUAGAGGUGAUAGUCGUGGUGGUGGUGGUGACUGUAGUGACGCAAACAAGAAGAGGUCUAUCUCCAACAAACUCACCUCCAUCAGUGCUUCAAGAAAUGAUCUUCCCCUCGUCAAGCUCGACGAUGGAAACAAAAAGAACGGUGAUGAGGAUGAGGUCAUGAUGGAGCCUCAGCCAACUCGUGAAGAUGGGGGUGAGACUGGUAUGUUUUCCAAGCAGCACACAAGCCACAAUGUCAGAGUUGAGGGCAUUGAUGCCUCACUUAGACAACAACGACAAGUGUGGAGGAAUGACCAACCGGUCACGUGGUGGAAGCAAUGCAUCAGCCCUGACUACCCAGAUACCAAAUUUCGGAGCCACUUCAGGAUGUGUAGGGAAACCUUUGACAUGAUUUGUGAUGAGUUAGGCUCUGCCAUCGCCAAGGAGGACACCCCAUCUCGCCCCGCCAUCCCCGUGUGCCAGCGCGUGGCUGUUUGCAUAUGGCGUCUAGCCACAGGUGAUGCCUUCCAUGUCAUCUCUAACCGCUUCGGCCUUGCCAACUCUACAUGCCAGAAGAUCGUCCUGGAAGUGUGUGUCGCCAUAGAAAGCAUACUCAUGCCCCGAUUUAUUCGGUGGCCUGGCCAAGCCACCGCCCUCGAGGCCAGCUUUAAGGCCAUCUCUGGCAUCCCAAAUGUCAUUGGUUCCAUGUAUACCACCCACAUCUCAAUCAUUGCACCACGGUUCUUCCCCCUUCAUUACUGCAAUCAUAUUUGCAUCCGUGGGUCUUUCUACUCCAUCAUCUUCCAGGGGGUCGUUGACCCCGACGGCACUUUCAUCCAUGUAAGCAUCGGUUGGCCUGGUUCCAUGUCCGAUGAUAGGGUCGUCGACCAGUCGCACCUGUCACAUCUCUACGGCAACGAUGCGAUGGCUGGCUCCUGGGUGGUUGGUGGUACUAACUACCCGUUGAAUGACUGGCUUCUCGUCCCAUACACACACCAAAACCUGACAAGGGAACAACAAAUCUUCAAUGAGAAUGUCACGAAGCUCAAUCAUGUGGCCAAGGAUGCCUUUGCUCGACUCAAGGGACGGUGGGCAUGCCUGCAGAAGCGCGCAGACGUGAACAUCAAGAACUUCGUUCUCAUGGCAGGUGCAUGUAGUGUGUUGCACAACAUAUGUGAGGUGAACAAAGAGGAGAUGGAUCCAGAGUUGCAGUGCCAUGUCCUCGACGACAAGAUUGUGCCAAAAAACCUUGUCCGUUCUGAGAGCGCAAGCAAGGCUAGAGACAAGAUCGCACACAACCUCUUCCAUCGUGACCUGGAUGGCAGCACCAUGUGGUGA